AUGGCAGACGACAAGAUUGGUACAGAUGCUACGGCUGUCGCAAAAUCAGCAGGAAGUUCUUUUAGUGAUGAAAGCAAGAAAUCCGGCGCAGGACUGUGGGGAGAAAUCGCUCAGGAGCCUGUCAAUAUCAACGAAGCUUAUCAAGACUAUGAAGAUCUCCGGAGAGAGCUCACUAAAGCUUCGAAAGUGACGACCCGCCACUCUACUCACAGACGUAAACCAGAUGUUGAAGAAGGCGAGGAAUCGCCACAGGUAGACAUGGUCGAUCUCGAAGAGUACCUCCAGCGACGCACCAAGGAAGCCUCUGAGUCUGGGAUUCUCCCUAAAAAGAUUGGAGUUUCAUUUGAGAACCUGACCGUCACAGGAACUGGAUCUGGUCGAGAAUAUGUUAAGACAUUCCCAGAUGAACUGGCGGAGCUAUUUGGGAAGGGGAUCUAUGACAUGGCGAGAGGAUAUUUUGGGAAGAAGCCAGAAGUAAAGAACAUCAUCCAGGGCUUCUCCGGAGUUGUUAAACCGGGAGAGAUGUUGUUGGUGCUAGGGAGGCCAGGGUCUGGGACGUCAACAUUUUUGAGGGCGUUGACGAACCAGAGGAGAGAGUUUACUAGUAUCACGGGGGAUAUCAAUUAUAGCGGAGUACCUUUUGAGGAGGCCAAGGGAAGGUAUAGAGGAGAGAUUAUGUUUAAUGGAGAAGAGGAUAUUCAUCUACCAACUUUGACAGUACAGCAGACUCUCCGCUUCGCAAUGCGGACCAAAACACCCUUCAAGAGAACUCCAGGUGUAUCAAGAGGCGUAUUCGUCGAGCAAAUGCUAGGUCUCUUCGCAAAGAUGUUUGGAAUGACCCACGUGCUCGACACCAAAGUGGGAAACUCCUUCAUCCGCGGUGUCAGUGGCGGUGAACGAAAACGUGUAUCAAUCAUUGAAGCCCUCGCAUCUAGAGCUACCAUCAACGCCUGGGACAAUUCUACCCGGGGUCUCGAUAGCUCUACAGCUGUGGAUUACAUCAGAUCUCUACGUAUCUUAACUACAUUGACCCAUUCAACCAAUAUUGUUACACUGUACCAAGCUGGCGAGCAAAUUUAUAAGGAAUUUGAUAAAGUUUGUGUGAUCGACUCUGGGCGUCAGAUUUUCUUUGGGAAGGCCUCAGCUGCAAGGGAGUAUUUUGAGUCCCUAGGGUUCUACUGUAACUCAAGAAGUACAACUGCAGAUUUCCUCACCCUGGUUACGGAUCCAAUUGAACGACGUAUCAAGCCGGGAUGGAAAGGCAAGGUCCCCUCUACUCCCGCAGAGUUGGAGGCGGCUUUCAGAAAGAGUGUGUAUUGGGAGGAGGUACAGAAGGAAUUGAUUGAAUAUAACGAGGAAACGAAAACAGGUUGCGCACAAGAGUUUUCCAGGGCAGUAGAGGAUGAUAAAUCUCCUAGGGCUGGUAAAGGCUCUCCUUACACAGUAUCCCUGGCUCGUCAAGUAUACUACCUCGUGCAGCGUGAAUUUCAGCUCCAACUCCAAGACACCACAGCACUGAGAAGUCGCUUCUUCAAUGUCGUCGUUAUGGGACUUAUCAUUGGCAGUCUUUUCUACAAUACCCCGUUUACUUCAGAAGGAUCAUUCGCUAUUGGCGGUGUGCUGUUUUUCAACAUCAUUAUCGUUGGCUGGAUGCAAAUGCCCGAGGCUAUUCACAUGACAACUGGAAGAUCGAUCACGUCGAAGCAGACUGCAUUUGCAUUUUACAGGCCAUCUGCCCUUGUACUUGCGAGAACUAUUGCAGAUCUACCAAUUUUAGCGGCGCAGUGCUCAAUCUAUACCGUAAUUCUGUACUUUAUGGCUGGAUUGACAGCAGAAGCGGGGAAAUUCUUCAUAAACCUGUUGUUUGUUUUCAUGACGACUGUUUGUUUGACGGCGUUCUACCGUGCUGUCGGUGCUUUCAGCAAGGAUCUCAACAUAUCUAUUAGGACUGCGUUCCUUGGGUUGAACGUCAUGGGCCUGUUUGCGGGUUAUAUGCAGACGUCUUCCAACAUGAAAUCUUGGGUCUACAAGUGGAUCCUCUGGGCAUCACCUGUUACUUACAGUCAAGAAGUUCUCAUGAUUAACCAGUUGCACGGUGUUCAACUUGAAUGCUCACCUUCGCAAUUAAUUCCUGGGGUAAAGGGCGCCUCCGUUGCAAAUCAAGUCUGUUUUCUCGCUGGGGCCGAGCCUAUGUCAGAUACUGUCUCUGGAACUCGCUUCCUCGAUGUUCAGUUCGGUUACAAGCCGGAUCACCUUUGGCGCAACUUUGGCAUUAUUCUAGUUUUCACAUUCGGAUACCUUGCCAUUGCAAUGCUUGGAGCUGAAUUUAUGAAAUUUGGUGGUGGAGGGGCUUCCAAAAAGACGUUCGCCAAAAAUGCUUCAAAAGAAUCAAUGCUACCCACUAAGGAGACUGGAAAGACCGAAGCACCAAUGGCGGUUGCAACACCUCCGCGCAGCCUUCAUGAUUCGGAAAAGGUGCCUGAUGAUCAGGAACUAGCAAUGAAGAAAACCAGUUCAGCGGUCCAGAGCAACGGGUCUUACUAUACAUGGAAUAACGUCAACUAUACCGUUGGUACCGGCGAUGACACCAAACAGCUUCUUCAUGACGUCAACGGCUUUGUGAAGCCGGGGCGACUCACUGCACUUAUGGGUCCCAGUGGUGCAGGAAAGACAACGCUGCUUGACAAUCUAGCACAAAGAAAACGUGAUGGUAUCGUUGGAGGAGAUUUUCUUCUGGAUGGGAAACCAUUGGGGCAGGAUUUCGAACGAAAUACCGGGUUCGUAGAACAGCAGGACGUGCAUGAUGGUACAUCAACUGUCAGAGAAGCUUUAAGAUUCUCGGCUAUGCUUAGGCAACCGGCUACAGUGUCGAAAGAAGAAAAAUACGUGUUCGUUGAAAGAGUUAUCCAGCUGUUGGAGCUUGAACCCCUUGCAGAUGCGUUGAUCGGGGAGCCAGGUUUUGGAUUAUCAGUUGAGGAGAGGAAGCGAGUGACAAUUGGUGUCGAACUGGCUGCCCAGCCACAAGCAUUGCUUUUCCUCGACGAACCUACCUCCGGUCUUGAUUCUAACGGUGCUCUUUCGAUUGUACGGUUCCUUAGGAAAUUGGCCGAUGAGUCCGGUCUGGCGAUUCUCUGCACAAUCCAUCAACCUAGUGCUAUUCUGUUCCAGGAAUUCGAUGAUAUAUGCCUCCUCGCAAGGGGGGGUAAGCAGGUGUACUUUGGACCCAUCGGUGAAAACGGCGCUACGAUCAUUGACUACUUUGAACGCAACCAUGGACCUGCGGCAGCACACGACACAAACCCGGCAGAGUAUAUUCUUGAUACGAUUCGGAAGCCUCCCGGUAACAAAGACUGGCCAACAAUCUGGUCAGAGUCACCCGAAGGGGGAGCUGUCGCCGAUGAAAUCGAAAGCAUAAACAUCAGUAGGGCCUUGGUACCUUCUAAGCUCACCAGUCUGCCAACGGAAUAUGCAAUGCCUUUGUCGGCUCAAAUAAAAGAGGUCACCAAGCGUGUCUGGCUCCAUUACUGGAGGGAUUCGUCGUAUGGUUAUUCAAAGAUGUUUUCAAACUUAAGUAUGGCGCUUAUUGCUGGUGUUCUCUUCCUUCAAUCUGGAAACACGGUUUUGGAAAUGCAAUCUCGCGGGUUUGCUGUCUUUGCGGUCUUGAUCCUUUCGCCUAUGAUUCUCACAGCUAUUCAGCCAAAGUUUUUGGGUCUCAGAGGGCUUUAUGAGACUCGUGAGAGAAACAGCAAGAUCUACUCGGCGGCAGCAUUUAUCACAGCCAUGUUGCUUGCUGAAAUUCCAUAUGCGAUUCUCGGGACAGUCUUCUUUUUCUUGCCAUGGUACUACAUGAUCGGAAUGCCCAACAAUUCAGGAACCGCAGGUUAUGCGUUUCUCUUCGUACUCUUGUUUGAAAUUUUCAUCCCAUCGUUUGCAAUGUGGAUUGCAGCCAUGUGCAAGGAUAUGACCAUCAUCAGUAUCGUGAACCCAUUCAUUUUCCUCGUCACCAAUGGUUUUACCGGUAUCUUAGUGCCAUACAGCGGGCUUCAGGGUUUUUACAAGGCCUGGCUGUAUUGGCUGAACCCCCUCACCUGGCUUGUUCGAGGCUUGAUUGGAAACAUUAUCCAUGGAAUCGAGGUUCAGUGCGGAGAGAAUGAGUUUGUAAAGUUCCAGCCCCCAGCCAAUCAGACCUGUGGCGAAUAUGCAGGCGAGUGGGUUUCAACGGCAUAUGGGUACAUCGUAAACCUAGAUUCUACGGAGGACUGCAGAUAUUGCCAGUUUAAGUCUGGUGAUGAGUACCUUCAAACAGUCAAUAUCGACUACAAUACACGCUGGCGUGACCUUGGGAUCUUUGUCGUCUACAUGGUCAGCAACGUCGUUCUCACAUAUACAAUUUACUGGGCGUUCAGAGAAUUUCGAUGGAAGAGGUACUUUGCUAGAGUUUUCAAGGGGAACAAGCAAGCUUGA